AAAUGUCUCCUGACGGCUGUGGUAGACUCUAACUUAGCCAUUAAUACCACGAUUUGAAUUCGUAACUGUAAAUUGAUCGACAUAUCGUUUUACUGAAAUAACAUACCUUGCAUAAAUUGUUCACUAUCAUCCAGAAGAGUAUUGGAACACUUUGCAGCCAACAAGUGACCAGCGCUAUAACUUAUUAAAAGAUGUAGCUAAAAGCAUAUCUUUCAAAUGAGUUCUUGCAUAGUCUUCUAUGAGGUCAUGUCAAAACGAACAUUUAUUAAAACGAGAGUGCACGAUAUUGAUGAUUUAAAGACGAGAAUAACUCGAGAAAUCAAAGCGAUAAAAACAGAAACAUUGUGCAUGUUUUUUCGGACUUUUGGGACACACUGUACUUUACAAAUCAUUAUAGUAGAAGAGAGUAUUAUUAGUGCUAUUAAGCUAAUAUAUUAGACCAAUAUGUACUUUUUCUUGCUUAUUUUCCUGUUUCGUAUACAACAUUUCCCUUGACACAAUAACACCAGCGGUGCGAAGAGGUGAGAGCAGGAUUAAAAACGAAGAGAGAGCAACAAACUUCUUCAGACGCAGCGGUAUCCCUGCUUCUUAUUUCUGCACUAUAUUUAUUUUUGAUUUAUCUAGAAUUUGCAUCUUGUCCGAUUUCUUUUCGACUGCUUAGGAAAAACACAUCGUUCUUAUAAACAAAUGAUAGAUGAAAUUGUUCAAUUGCGUCCAAAAUUUUCACCACAAAAUAUAAUGAUGGAUUAUGAACGUGCUGUUAUUAAUGUAUCCAGCAAAAAAUUUCCAUUAUGCGCACAUAUCUGGACGUUUCUUUCAUGUUAAAAUGUUUAUCAUCGUGUGCAGGAUUCAGGUCUUACAAAAUUAUAUGCGGAUGAUCCAGACUUUUCACAAAAUAUUCGAUCGUUAGCAGUAUUAUCGUUUUUACCAACAAGUGAUAUUAUUUCAACAUUCGAACAAUUGAAACAACAAUUUCCAGCACAAGGGCAACCAACUAUUAAUUAUUUCGAAGAAACAUAUGUCGGUAUAAAAAAUCGUUUAUCUCGUCCACAUAAACAACCAAAAUUUGAAUUAGACUUAUGGAAUACACGUGAAAAUACAAUUCAAGGACGUCAUCGAACUAAUAAUAUCGUUGAAGGACGGCAUAGUCGGUUAUCAGCACUGUUUAAUUGUAAACAUCCAAACUUCUGGAAAUUUCUCAAAAAUUUGAAAAAGAACAAAGAACAAAGUUAUGCUAAUGUUGAAUUAAUUCAAGCUGAAGCUGGAGCACGACAACCUAUGAAAAAAGCAACAACAAUAAGAACGUAUAGUAAAUAUUUUAAAUGA